AUGCAGCUCUUCCACACUGGCCUUGUCGCGCUUACCGUCGCUCCUCUGGCUCUCGCGCGUACUUUCACCGUCACUAAUAAUUGCUCUUAUACGGUCUGGCCAGCCAUUUUCACCGACCCCAACGUCGGAACUGCAGUUCCGGAUCAUCCAACUGGCUGGGAAGCCCCUCCCCGGAGCAGCGUAUCGUUCAUGGUCCCGGAUAACUGGGCUUCCGGGAGAAUCUGGGGUCGUCGUGACUGCGAUUUCGACGCGAAUGGCAAUGGCACGUGCGUGGACGGUGGCUGCAACGGUGGGCUGGUUUGUGAUCCUCACAACGGUAUCGGCGCGACACCCGCUUCAUUAGCAGAAUGGACUCUUGGGACGAACGGAAAUCCGGAUUACUAUGAUGUGUCCAUCGUCGAUGGUUUCAAUCUGCCAAUUAGGAUUGAUAAUGACAAAGGCUGCCACGUAGCGGAUUGCCCUGUUGACCUCAUUCCGGAUUGCCCUUCGCCGCUUCAAGGCCCCUUCGACUCUGCGGGUAAUGCGGCUGGUUGCAAGACUGCUUGUGCCGCAGGAAUUGAUCACAAUCAAGCUGAUUCGGCUAACUGCUGUACUGGAAGUCAUAGCACACCGGAUACCUGCCCGGCUAGUGGUGUACAGUAUUACAAUUACUUCAAGGACAAUUGUCCAAACUCAUAUGUUUAUGCAUAUGACGAAGGCAGUGGUACUGCUCUGUGGACAUGUGAUUCCGGCUUGCAGGCUGAUUACACACUCACUUUCUGUCCAUAA